AUGGACAUAAAGACCUUGCUCGACAAUCUUCAUGAUGAAGUAUCCUGUUCCGUGUGUAUGUGUACAUUCACUGAUCCAAAGCAGUUGCCUUGUUUGCACAAUUUCUGUCUUCACUGCUUGAACGAAAUUCAACGAACGAGCGGCGUCCAUGGCAAAAUUACAUGCCCCGAGUGCAGAAGACAGUUUCAGAUUUCUGGAAGUGGAAAUCCCAGCGAACUUCCCACCAAUUUUCGAAUAAACAGCCUGCUAGAUGUCUUGGCAAUAAAAGAGUGUAGUACAGCUAACGUGAAGUGUGGAAACUGCGAUAAAAGGAGUUCUCAGACUUCCUAUUGCUUCCAGUGUUGUUCUUUCUGGUGCGAGAAAUGCAUUUUAGGACAUGACAUAAUGCGCGCUAACAAUAAACACAGAACGCUAGCACUGAAAGAUUUUCAAGAUCAAGACAUCAAGGCUGUAUUAGAGCGACCAGCAUUUUGUCAGAAGAAACACCAUGAAAAAGAAGAGCUGAAAUUCUUUUGCAAAGGCUGUAAAGUCGCCAUUUGUAGCUCUUGUGCUGUAACACUUCAUGAAGGUCAUGGUAAGAUGCCUUUGCAAGAAGCUUCUGAUGAGCGCAAAACACAGAUUAGCUCCAUGAUAAAAUCUUUAAAAGACAAAGUACUGGAAAAACAAAAGGAAGUCGAACAAUUCAACCAAAAAAGCAUCGCAUUUCAAUCGAAAGUAGCUGAGGUAAAAAGCCAAGUGCAGUCUUGUGUAGACCAAAUUAUUGCAAUCAUCGAAGCGAGAAAACAAGAUGUUUUUAAUGUGAUUGAUAAUCAAGCGACAAAAUCACUGGAAUCUCUCUUACAGAAAAAAGGCGAAGUGGAAAAACAAGUGAAAUUAAUUGAAUCAGCGAUUGAACAAACUGAAACUCUGUUAAAACGAGGUUUUAGUUCUGAAAUCAAGGGAUUCACUGAAACAUUUGAUUCAAUCCUGCAGGAACAGAGCACCAAAGAAAACUGUAUUCCUUGGUUUAGUUUCACUAAAAGUGAAAAACUGAUUAACCUGUUGAGCAUGAGCGAGGGGAUAGGUAAAGUAGAGUUUGUUUUUAGCGAAACUAAAGUGCAACAAUCAGGAUCAGUAACUAAAGGUAAAGAAAGUAAUGAAGUAGUUGCUGGGGAUAAAGGGGCAAAUUUUUGUGAAAGUCCUUUUAAGGCUCAGGUAAAAACCAGGCGCUUCAGAUCUGUGCUGUCAUUUGGACAAAAAGGUGAGUCUGUUGGAAUGCUUAACGUUCCCUAUGGGGUGGCAGUGAAUGAUCAGGAUGAAAUUGCUGUGACUGAGCUCGGUAAUAACAGGGUUUCAGUGUUUAGUAGUGACGGUACCCACUUAAGAUCCUUUGGUAGGAAGGGUAAGAAUAAUGGUGAGUUCUAUUGCCCUACAGGGAUCGCUUUUGAUAGUCAUGGCAGUAUUGUAGUGGCAGACUGUUAUAAUCACAGGGUGCAAGUCUUUGAUAGGAAUGGUAACUUUCUUAGUAAGUUUGGUAAACAGGGAAGUCGUGAUAAUCAGCUUGAAUUCCCUCGAGGUUUAUCAAUAAACGGCAACGGUGAUAUUAUUGUUGCUGAUAAAGGUAACAAAUUAAUCAAGAUAUUCUCUUCUAGUGGGGAGUAUUUACGUAAAUUUGGUGGAGCAGGUUCUUUGGUCACUCCCUAUCACUGUAUUCAACACGGUCAAUAUUUUAUAGUCUCAGAUCGUAGUGAUCAUUCCAUUAAAAUGUUUAAUCUGGAGGGAAGGUUUAUUACUAAAUUUGGAAAACAGGGAAUCAAAGAUGGAGAAUUCAAUGAGCCCCGUUACUUGUCAGUUAACAAAGAAGGAUUGCUUAUGGUCUGUGAUGAAGAGAAUCACAGAGUUCAGGUACUUGAUCUGAGUGGAAGGUUUGUUACAAAGUUUGGAUGUGAAGGUAGCGGGAGAGGAGAGUUUAAGUGGCCAGUGUCUACAGCACCUCUUAGUGAUGGAAGGAUAGUUGUGUGUGAUAAGGAGAACAACCGAAUCCAGGUUUUUGACCAGUUAUAAUAUGAUCUUUCCAGUGGUAUUAUUGUUGAAACGUUCAAAUUGGCUUCUUUAUCUAGAAAAAGAAAUCGUAACUUUUCGAACAACGUCCUGAAUUCGUGAGGUAUUUGUCUCUGUUGCCGGGUGGGGCGCAUUAGGUUGUCCUCACGCGUAUUUUGUCUUUUCUGUGAAUGUAACAAUAAAUUAUAAAAUCGUGGCUGUAAUAAUAACUAUAAUAAUAGCUGAAAUGACAUUCAACAUGUAAAUAUAUUUUGUAAUCCUUUUUCAAAUAUAUUGUAGUCUCAUUUAAUUGCCGAUCAGGGGUAGUUUAAUAAGGUUGUUAAAUUUUUUGGUAUCAAAAUUGUUUUGUAUGUUGUAAACCUUUUCAUUUUCUUUCCAGCAGUUGCUAGUUGUUAGCUGGUGUAUUUUUGGAAGUAUUUUUCCCGCGCCCUCAGCUCAAGUACCAUUUUUUUUUCUCAUC